UCCGGUUAUCAGUUUUAUCAUCAUAUCAAUAUUUGUUUCUGUUUCGUCAUCUAAUUGUUGAUAAUUCAUUUUCCUUGCUUAUAAUUUAUUGAACAAUUUAUUUUGGGUAAUUACACUACCUCUUCGUGUGCAAAAUCAAAAAAAAACGUAGAUAAGCUCGUCUGAGUGAUUUCCCUAAGCCAUAUAAAAUAAAAAAAAGGAGACAGUCAAAUCAUUUCUCUCAGAUUAAGCAAUGGCGAUGGCUAACGGUACACUAGUCGUGAGCUUAGUUCUUAGUUGUGUGGUAUUUAUAGUUUGUGACAUGAUUAGUAUUCCAAGCUACUAUAAAUGGUCAUAUGAAGAAAGGGAGGAUUUAUUCUGCCCAGACAAUUGCAAAACAGCACACGUUCCAGAACGGUGUUGCUCAUGUGAAGGACAGCGCUGCUGGGUGCUAAACACAACAUUAUGUCCGGUUAGAGUGCUGUCUGUGGAAUAUACGGAUAUAUUUGGAACAAAUGUUAUAUUAGGACCAAACAAUUUUUCCUUUGUUGAAUAAAACCAUACAAGGGGAUUAUUGACGAAAAUUCCAGGAAAUAUAUGUACUUGGGCGACACAGUUAGUAAGUUUGGAUCUACGACACAACAGAUUGACAGACGUAAAUCUCGUUCAAUGUCUCAAUAAGUUAGAUACUCUGCGUUUAGAUUUUAAUUUGAUAAAAUAUAUUGACAAUACAACAUUUACCAAAAUGAAAGAUUUGAGGGUGUUGACAAUGUCACAUAACUUGAUUAUGAGAUUAGAUCCAAAUGUAAGAAUCGUUGAAGGCGGAAAUAUUCCAAUCGUAGACUUUUCUGACAAUCAUAACAUGGACUUCUUAGAUAUAUCAAACAUGUUCAGGCCGGGACCUUUUUGCACCCUAAAUUUCACAAACUCGUACAUUGAGCAUAUAACAAACGAACUUGGGUUCGUUCUGGAAGAAGUUAUACAUGGUCCGGGAGAUAUACUGUUAGAGCAUACUCAUAUUGGAAGCUUUAUAAAUUUUAUAUCUAUUGGGUUAGAAGAUCUAGCAGAGCUUGGCAAGUACUUUGAAGGUCAGAUGAAUAUAGACGCAAGUUCUAUAAACUGUGACUGUACUGUGUUUCCCAUUCUAGAUUCAAUGGGACCUGAGAUUGCAAAAUAUUGGAGAAAUGUAGAUAAAGAAACAUUUGUAUGUCAAAGUCCUGAAAGUAUGAAAGGGAAAAAUCUGACAGAUAUUAUCGAAACUGGAAAUUUUGAAAAGUUAACGUGUGACCUCAGUGAAAAACCUGACUGUCCUCGUUACUAUUGUCACUGUAUUGAUAUGCCAAGUGAACAUAAGGUACUCGUAAAUUGCACGGGGGCUGGUUUAACAUCAAUGCCAGAAGAAAUGCCGGUCGGAGCAUGGAAUAAUUACAAGAUAGAUCUAAUUCUUGCUGAUAUCAAAAUAACGGUGCUGCACGAAAGAAAUUAUUAUUCAAGAUUAGUCAGUCUAGAUCUUCGGCAAAAUAAUGUAACAUUUUUCACAGAGAAAGCUGCUGGAAACAUCUCAUCAAAACUAAACAUUGAAAGCCAGAUACUUGUAAAACUUCCAUAUACUCUACACCACAAAAGCCCUAACCUUAUCACGUUUGGUCCACAUCCAAUCGUUUGUGAUUGUUCUAACACAUGGAUUGGGGAGUGGAUACGUCUAAAACACGGACAUGGUAGGCUGAAUUGUUCAGUAAAUGGAGAAGUUGUACCGGCAGAAGAUGUAUCCGAGCUCACUUUGAACUGUAACAAAUACACACUUUUACCGUCGGCAGCUAUAGUCAGUUCUGCUAUCGGAGGUAUAACUUUAUUUGUUGUGAUUACUGGUCUUUGCUUUUUGUUCCGCUAUGAGAUAAUGAUUAUGAAACGUACGUUAUUUAGAAAGGAGUUUACUGAAGGUUUACACAAUAUUGACGUAUUUCUGUCGUUUUCUGAAGAUAAUGAUGACGUUUUCGUAUGGUGAGUCGAUACAUUAAACCGGCAUUGCUUGAAGCUGGAUAUACGGUUUUUAUUCCGUGGGGAGACAUUCCUUAAGGAAUUCAGCGAGAUGAUGAGCUAGCAAUUGCGGUGGACCGUUCAGUCAAUAACGUUAUCGUCUUGUGUGAUAAAUAUAUGGAGGACUACCAGACUGUUUCAGACUUAGAAACCAUUUGGAAUUCAUUUCUUGCUGACGGAGCAAAACAAAUUAUACUAAUUUUAAAACUAUGAAAAUUUAGAUUCAAAUGCAAUCAAAGACGAAAGACUGCGAGCUGUGCGGAGAACCAGGUGUCUUGAUUUUAUAUCACGUGAUAGUAAACUUAUUUCUCGGCUAGCAAAUAAGCUUGGGAUACCUUUGUCCCUAAAGAAACCUGAUAAUCUGACCGAUGGGGUUUCAAAAAGUGAAGAUGAUCUUACAUUCGAAGAAAACGUCAGUAGUUUAGAUAAUGUACAAGGCCACUUCCUAGACCCCGAAGUCAACGUAAAUGACAAAGUCUCAGUAUUUGACAGACUUGCAAUGCCUAGAGCUUCAGAGUGCAACUGUAAAUAUAGAAAAUGCUACUUGCAUGGUCAGGAACUGAUUCAAAGGCCUAGAACAUUAACACUGAAUACACAGGUGAACAAAGUUGUUCCCUUGUAACCCAUUGUGUUUAAGCUGUAUUGGUUAAAUCUCGUUUCAGUUUUAUCUUGUUUUUCUGAAUGUAAAUCUAAAUAAGUACUAACCCUUCAUAAAUGCGUUAUUUGUUGUUUUGUGUUCAACAGUAUGUUAAAAUCAACUGCACUUUUGAAAGUUGCUCGAAAGUCAAAUUUUGGUGCACCUGGUAAGUUGAAAUCAUGCUCAAUCUGGUUAUGUCAUACAAAUGUAUACAUGUAUUCAUUAGAUUAACAUCUAUCAUAGCAAAAUGCCAUUAUCUAUCUAUUAAUACUGUAAUGAGACACAGCCCUUGCUUGAUCCUUUAGCUUUUAAGGUAAUCUGUAUAAUAUAGAUCUUUGAUGGUCUGAUUUUGAAGAAUUCUAAUAUUGCGUGUUUUUUUAACUCUAUCAACCUGAAAUAAAGACAAUAAAAAAUUAAACUGUGAAGUGUUGUUAAAGUAUGCAAUAAACAAGGACAGUUUAGUAAGAUUUGUGAUUAUGUAGUACUUACCAGGACUAUAAAUUUUCUUAGCCGUAUAUGUCUUUUUCAUACGUGUUUAACUACCCAAAAUUAACGGUAUAAAGUGCGAAUGUUUUUCAGUAUCGGAUAUAAGUAGCCAUAAAAACAAGUAUUUAUGCAUUUGACUUUAUAAAGUGGCGUUUUGUAUGAUAGCCAGAUACGAUGCACAAUAUGAUUGGUUACUAAAAUGUUUAAUGGCAUGACAGCAUUGUCACAAAGUAACACUGUCGCGCCUCAGUUGUUGUAUAGAUAUAAAGCAAUUUAUUGCAUCAUCUCUUUCGCAUUUUGAGACUAAGAGUAUUUAGCUUCAUUCUUACAUGAAUGAUGUAACUAUGUAUUGAGAAAGUUAGGUUUCUUCUUAUGUCCGAUUUACUUUUUAUUUAAAUAUAAAAUCCUUGGGAUGGGCCUUAUUAUUGCGGGGUUUUGCAAAUAGUCAUUUGCCCGUGGAAAGUGUUUUCUUUUCCCGCCUAAAUUAGCUUAUAUAUUUAAUGUAAUGUUUUGGAUAAAAAUUGCGAACAUAAGAACAAACAUGUAUUCACGUAUAUCGAUUUUUAGAAAUAUAUUUUAUGAGCUUAAAAUUGCAAGGCAUGUGAAAUAUUGUUAUACUAAAAUUUUUGUUACUGUUACUUUUUGGUUUCUGUUGUAAAGAAAGGUUCUUGAAAUGCAUUCUUACUGGUCUACGCGUCAACCGUUGUUCAUCGCAGAAUAUACAAACCUUGAUUUCCUUCUUUGUUUAACUGGAAUCAAAUCGAGCCAUGUUAGAAUGAAUAUUUACUUGCUUGAGAAUUGGACUGCAGUUAUUUUAAAUUUACUUGUAUAUAUAUUCGCAUCAUUAUUUUCCUCAUUUCAUUUUACUAAUGUAGAUCUAUAAGCAGAAGGAGUGUUAAAUAGUGUGAAGUAAUUGUGACGUAGAAUCAGUGAUGUAUCAAAUAUAGCACAUUUCUUAUGACUUUGAAGCACUUGACAUUUCGAUAACUUACAGAUUUUAUGGGGUAUUAAAGGGACUAUCUUGUUUGCCCUUAUUUUAUCACAUAUUGUUUUCAGAGAACCUACAUAUUGUAUGGUGUACUAAAGGGGACGAUUUCUGCCUUUAUUUUGUCGCACAUUCUUUUUUGGAACCUAUGUAUAGCAUGUUGUACCUCAGGGUAAUAUUACAUGCCCUGAUAUUUUAUGUGUCAUGUUGUUUACCAUGCCAUGUGUUACCUAUUUUAGCUUUUUACCCCAGAUGUUUAUACAUGGAGGAAUAUGUCUUUUAGCCCGGACGACCUAUACCUGGAAGAAUCAAAUUAAAUUUUUAUCCCCUUGAAGACCCUAGACCUGGGAAGCAACUUCGUUUACCCCCAGAAGACCUCAAAUCUGGAGGAACGUCCAGAUUUUCAUAUUCCGACGAUCUGUUGUACAAUCCUACUACCUUUGUGCGACCAAUUCCCUAGUGUUCUGAUUUUGGAAGAUUCGAAACAGUUCGAAGAAACAGACACUACCAAGAGCCUAAAAUGAAACGUGCAUGACUGACCGGAUUUUACUUUUAAGUACCAUUCAGUUCUUUGACAGUCUUAUCACAGUGUUAUGACUUUUUCUUUACGUCAUUAUAGUUAGCACUUUCGAGUAUUAAAAAGUGCAUUCUUUAUCCAUUGUUAUUUUUCAUCGUUUUGUUAUUAUUUGUAAAGAUUUGUCAAUAUUUCAGACUUGUUUGCUGUUGUUCUGAUUUGAUUUUGUGGUCUGUUUGUCCGUCUGUCCUCCUGUCCUGUGAGAGGCAUACAAGCAGCCACAAAGUAAAAUCCAUAUUUUGCUGAUAAGAUCGGUAAAAUGUGUUUCACUGAUAGAAAAAAAAUGUAUCAACUUUUGAGUUAGGGUACAUUCUCAAUUCAAUUUGUUAAUUAUAUAUUACGAAUAUGUUAAUUUAGAUAUACAAUCAUGCAUUUAAUUAUUCAAAAUUUGCCUUUUCAAUUUUACAUUUGAUAAAACAGAUCAGUUCAUAUGACUAUGUGUCUAGUAAGUGGUUUGCUGUCAUAAAUUGAGCAAUACCUUAAGACAGAUUUAUGUGUAUUUUGCAUCGUUUUUAAAUAAAGACGAGUAAAUUGUAUUACGCAAUAGGAAAGUAUUGUCUAAUGUAUUAAGGUGUGGUUAUUUGAAAAUCAAAUGGGUAAUGGUUAGCCCUAACCCCAACUCUAUUAAGUUUUGCAUUGCGUGCACGUCUCCUUUUAGCUACACCUCUACUACAAGUGCCAUAAAUGUUUUGUUUUAUAAUAUCUGAUUGCUAAAAAUAUAUUGAU